UCCGAGGGGAGGAAGAUGGCGGCGGCGGCGGCGGUUGGGCUUCCGUCGCCCUCCCUCUGACUGGAUGUGCGCGGGGCUCUGCCUUCCCGCCGGGUAGCGGGGCUAUGUCGGAUUCCGAGGAGGAGGAGGAGGAGGAGAGCUCCGACCGGCAGCUGAAGUUCGUGGUGUUGGGCGAUGGCACCUCCGGCAAGACCUCCUUAGCCACACGUUUUGCUCAAGAAGCUUUUGGGAAGCAGUACAAACAAACCAUAGGACUUGACUUCUUUUUGAAAAGAAUAACACUCCCAGGAAAUUUAAAUGUUUCUCUCCAAGUAUGGGAUAUAGGAGGUCAAACAAUAGGAGGCAAGAUGUUGGAUAAAUAUGUCUAUGGCGCACAGGCUGUCCUUCUUGUGUAUGAUAUCACCAACCAACAGAGCUUUGAAAACUUAGAAGAUUGGUAUAAUGUUGUAAAGAAGGUCAAUGAAGAGUCAGAAACUCAGCCACAUGUGGCCCUGGUAGGCAAUAAAAUUGAUUUGGAGCAUCUACGGGCAGUAAAAGUUGAUAAACAUCUUCGAUUUUGCCAGGAAAAUCAUUCUAGCAGCCAUUUUGUGUCAGCCAAGACAGGUGAUUCUGUCUUCCUGUGUUUUCAAAGAAUUGCGGCUGACCUCCUUGAUGUCAAAUUAAACAAAGCGGAAAUAGAGCAAUCACAGAGUGUAGUGAAGGCGGAUAUUGUAAACUAUAGCCAGGAGCCCGUGACAAGAACAGUUAACUCUCCUAGAAGCUCAAUGUGUACAAUUCAGUGAACUUUUCCCCCCUUUUUUGUAUUGAUCUCCUUUAGCAGGCGUGCUCCCUUUGCACAGGCAUAGGAGUUGCCAGGAAUGUUGUUUUAACAGUGAACAUUACUGUAGUGCAUUUAGAAGUUUCAAAAACUUACUACCCAUUUGUGUGUUGAGAAGCAGCAGGCAGUUUCUUUGGCCAGCCAAGAUUCAAACGUGGGACCACACACUUUGAAAAAUUAUGAUAAAUAUCUAUAUUCUUGUGAAUUAUAUUUCAAUAAAGGAGUAUGACUAUAUAUAUACAGAUGUACUUUUGCAUAUAUUGUCAGAAUACCUGAGCGAGAAUGAAAAAUAUAUAAAUUAUACAGGCUAAAAAGUGAUGCUUGAAAUAAAACUGUGGAGUGAAAAUAUA